GAUUGAAACCUCCCCCAAUCUCAGUUAUUUUUAGGUUUUUUUUUUUGUGGUUACUUGUGAAGACACAGUUUGACACAUGAAAAGAGGAAACAGAGGUUGUUCCUCUCCCCACAGAGAUGGCUGCUGGACGACGUUACCGUAGCUUCAUGCACAACAUUGUGCUGCUGCUCUGGGUCUGUCUCUAUAAUGUUGAGACUUCCAGUGGAAAUCAUGUCAUUCACAAAAUAGUUGGUGAGACUGUGGAGUUUUUGUCAGGCUUACCAACUCUAGGUGUGACUGAAGCAAUGUGGAAAUAUGGGAGAAUAAAUAUUGCAGACAAAGAUGUGGGUGUUCUUAAAGGAUCUCCAUUUAAGGACAGGUCACAGCUUAACCCUGAAGACUUUACUUUAACAGUGAGAAAACUGACUCUUCAAGAUUCUGGUGAUUUCAUUUUUGUCUCAGCGGUGUUUUUCAAGCAAAGGCCUUCAGUCAGCAUCACUCUGCAAGUUCAUGAGCCCAUAACUAAACAGCUUGUCAUUAAAAUCAGUUCUACCUGGAUUUCCUCAAAUGAAUCAUGUAAAGUUCUGCUGGAGUGCAGCACAACUGGUGAUGUCAGCUACAAGUGGAUUGUGGGAAACCAAACACUAACUGGUCCCAGGCAACAAUACAUCAUCAGGGAGCAGGAUGGAGAGACCAAUGUCACCUGCACAGUUUCCAAUUAUGUCAGUGAGAAGUCUGCAUUUCAAACAGUGAACUGCAGCAAAGACACACACACAAAUAAAACAGAGUGCAGCUGUUCUUCUUCUCUUCUCGUGUUCAUUGCUGGGCUGUUUACUGGAGUAUUGAUCACUGUUCUGUUGCUCUUUCUACUUUACUGCAUAAAGUCAAAGGGUCUACGUCCCAAAAGACUCACACAGUCUGAAACAAUCAACCAGGAAGAAAAUCAACAACAUGUGUACACAGCGCUUUCCCACGGUGACCGUUGUGUUUAUGAGACAAUGAGGCCUCUGAAGAUGCUGGGCCAAGUAAAGUAUGACAAUGAUGAGCCAUGAAAGUAGCGGAAUGACUCUGGGAUUUCACAUAUUGAAGCCAAAACUACUCACAGAAAGCAAAAAGCAGGAUCAUGACAGCAGGACAUAGAAGAUGAUGAAUGACAGGGAUCUGUUUUUCUAAAGGAGCCAUGGACAGCAGGAAAACAAGGAGAGGGGGGUAAUUUAGCCAUGUCAGACAGCGAUUCAUUCAUCAUCAGGAAACUGUUAUUUUGUUUUGUUUUUAAUUUAAACAUGUGAUGUUUAACUACUUUUCCGAUCUGUAUUUGAAAGAAAAAAAAUAGUGUAAAAUAAUGACUUUUUGCUAUUAGUCCAGUAGCACAUUCUUUAAUAAAUACAUUAAC